CCAUGGCGGCUGUGGCAGAGAAAUCAACGAAAGAGCGGUUGCUGUCUGUGUUGGAUGAUUUAGAGGUUUUAUCCCGGGAGCUGAUAGAGAUGCUAGCUCUGUCCAGGAGUCAGAAACUACCCCAGCCAGGAGAGGACAGCCAGAUCCUCGAGCUGCUGGUGCAGAGGGACAGGGAGUUCCAGGAGCUGAUGGAGGUUGCCCAGCAGCAGGGGAAGGUGCACCAGGAGAUGCAGCUUCUGGAGAAGGAGGUGGAGAAGAGAGACAGUGACAUCCAGCAGCUCCAGAAGCAACUGAAGGAGGCGGAACACAUCCUGGCCACUGCUGUUUACCAGGCCAAAGAGAAGCUCAAAUCCAUUGACAAGGCCAGGAAAGGAAGCAUCUCAUCAGAGGAAAUCAUUAAAUACGCUCACAGAAUCAGUGCCAGUAACGCAGUGUGUGCUCCUCUCAACUGGUUACCAGGUGAUCCUCGCAGACCCUACCCCACUGACCUGGAAAUGCGCAGCGGUAUGCUGGGUCACAUGGCCAACCUGCCCACCAAUGGUGUGAACGGACAUCUGCCAGGUGAUGCUCUGGCUGCUGGGAGGUUGCCAGAUGUCCUGACACCUCACUACCCCUGGCAGUCCUCUGACGUCUCAGUAGGGAUGCUGCCUCCUCACCACGGCAACGAUUUCGGCCUGGAGCCCCCAGGUCACAACAAAGAGAACGAGGAUGAUGUGGAGGCCAUGUCGACAGAUUCUUCAAGCAGCAGCAGUGACUCUGACUGAGUGUGUGUGUGUGUGUGUGUGUGUGUGUGUGUGUGACAGGCUCAUUCCUACAGUGUAAACACGUAGUUUAAAUGUUCCAUAUAAAGACUUUGGUCGAUCAUUAAGCAUCAUAUAUGACAGCUGAAGGUGCUCUGUGUAACUUCUACGCCUGAAGAAUUAUUAGUUGUUCAUUUUAAGACAUUUUUAUCCUUCAUAAGCAGUCUGCUUAUUUCCACAGCAGUUUUCUGAGAUGUGUUUGGAGUUUAAUCUGCUGAGUGAACCGCUCCUCCAGAGUAAACAACACCAAAGCUUUCAAGCUUUGAAAUAGAACUGAAAGAUUAAUCCAUUUCCAUUAAUCCAUUCAUUUAAUAGCUUGCUAUUUUGAUUAUUGAUUAAUUGUUUUUACUUUUUUUUUAGGAAAAAAUGUCCAUCUUCUGACAUAUGAACAUUGUGUUGUUCUUUUAGUCCUCUAUGAUAGUAAACUGAACAUAUUUGAGUUGUGGACUGACAUAAUAUGAAAAUAACCAUUAGUUGCAACCCAGAGAGUCAGGGUUCUCACUUUCCAGGUAGUCACUAAAUGUCUUUUUAAAGGAACUGUUCCACAUUUGUUUCAUUACUGAGAGGUAAAUGAGAAGGUUGAAAGCACUCUGAUGUCUAUGUGUUAAAUAUGAAGCUACAGCCAGCACCUGGUUGGUAACACAAGUCUCCAACCACCAGAAAUAAUCAGGCACAUAACCCUCUGAAAACAUGUCUUAUUCACAGUUGAGGUUUUGUACAAAGGAAAUAUAAUUUUAGUGGUCUAGGCAAGGAAAUGUGUUUCCCACAAUAUUGAACCAUUCCUUUAACAUCCUGUAUUUGUUUAAAAAUGGUAGUGUUAACAAACCACAACAACCCAGGAUGAUGUUUGUUCUUGGUUUGCAAGUUCCACCAGACUGUGUGCAAAUAACGACAAAAUACACAAAAGUAAGAACCUACAAAGAUGAAUAAGUCUUUUAAAGUAAAUCUAAUGAUCCUAAUAUCAUUGUAAGGAACACUGACUGGACUUAAGAGAAACCAACACAAGAUGAAACUUGACUUGCUCUUUGGUGACAGUGUUUGAAUCUGUAUGUGUGACUUCAUGUGUGAUUUUUGUCAGUUGCUGCCUGUAUGUUUCUAGUGUAGUGUGAGUGGUUGUGUAUCAAUAUGGACAAAUGCUGUUAAUUUACCUCUGUGUAAAUAACCUUGUACAUACUGCCUUGUAAAUAAAUACAUUUGGA